AUGUCGAGUUCACCAUGGCUUGCCAGGUCGGACCAACCUUCGAGGAUUGGCAACCUCCACAGAAGGAGCCUGUACGAAUUUCAUAUCAAGAACGAUGCGAAGAUGGUGCCAUUCGCCGGAUAUCAAAUGCCUCUUGCCUACGGGAACGUUGGCCAAGGUGCCAGUCACGCCCACGUCCGUACCGAUGCUGGUUUAUUCGAUGUUGGGCACAUGGUACAAUCCAAUUUCCGGGGACACACUGUUACAGCGUUUUUAGAAUGGUUAACGCCCUCGUCGCUAACGUCCCUCGCCCCGUAUACCUCUACCUUAUCGGUUCUCCUGAAUGAAAAAGGCGGCAUUAUCGAUGACACCGUCAUCACGAAGCACUCAGAAGAUGCCUAUUACGUGGUGACAAAUGCUGGAAGACGGGACAGGGAUCUUGCGUGGUUCAAAGAGAAGCUUGAAGAGUGGAAUGCUAGUGAUAGCGCAAAAAGUGGGAAGGUAGAGCACGAGAUCUUGGAGGAUUGGGGACUUGUUGCGUUGCAGGGUCCUGCCGCUGCGCAGUAUCUGCAGCGCUUGACCUCCUUUGAUUUACGUGACCUAACAUUUGGCAAGUCUGCUUUUGUGCCCAUUGAAGGUUUCAACUUGCACGUUGCUCGGGGAGGCUAUACCGGCGAAGACGGGUUUGAGAUCUCGAUACCACCAUCUCAAACGUUGGAUGUCACCAAAUUGCUUUGCAACGCUCCAGUGCAGCUGGCUGGUCUGGGUGCUCGGGACUCUCUACGUGUAGAAGCUGGCAUGUGUUUAUAUGGUAAUGACUUGGAUGAAGAUACUACACCUGUCGAGGCUGGUUUGAGUUGGGUAAUCGGUAAGGAACGUAAAGAAACUGGAGGUUUUAUUGGAGCGGAAGGGGUACGUAAACAUUUGAAAGAUGGCCCUCCGAGACGCCGAGUGGGAUUCAUAGUGGAUGGUGCACCUGCGCGACAGGGCGCCCAAAUAUAUUCAUCGCCUCAAAAAGAAUUGAUUGGCGCGGUCACAUCAGGCAUUCCUUCCCCCACGCUUGGGAAAAAUAUUGCGAUGGGCUAUGUGAAGUCUGGCUUCCAUAAGAAAGGUACCGAGGUUGAUAUCGAUGUCCGAAACAGGAUGAGGAAGGCCAUCGUUACUCCGAUGCCUUUCAUGAAACCAAAUUAUUGGAGGGGAUGA